AUGAAGUGGUUCAACAUGAGCUCGUCCACGUACAGGUCGCCGGUGUUCAUCGGCCUCCUGGUGGUGAUGUCCGUGGCCUUGGUGCUCCUUCUGCACCACUGCAUCCUCGUCAGCUGCUGCAACGGCGAGAGGAUCCGCAGGCGCAGCCGCCGGCGAGGUGCCACGGCGCGGCAGCAUGAACAGCAGCCGGAAGAGAGCGUGGGCGACCUGAGCUCGUCGUCGCGGGUGCAGCUGGUGGCGAAGCCGGUGGUGUGCCGGUACCGGAAGGACGAGGAGUGGAGCGAGCCGACAUGCCCGGUGUGCCUUGCGGACUUCGCGGACGGCGAGGCGGUGAGGGUGCUGCCGGAGUGCCUGCACUACUUCCACGCGGACUGCAUCGACACCUGGCUCCGCGCCGGCAACACCAGCUGCCCGAUGUGCCGCGCCGAGACCACGCCCACGCCAUCGCCCAGCCCCGCCGGGUCACUCCACCACCAACUCUCCCUCGACAUCUCCCUCGAGGACAUCCUAAUCCGCACGUAG